AUGAGUACGAGUACUUUUGUCACACUCACACCGGAGCCGGUCCUCGAGACCAAGUUCCCUCACCUCCAAAUACAAGAGACCACACAGAAGGAGGAACAACAGCCCGCCUCUCAGACUGCCCAGCCAUCACCUGCAGCCCAACCUCAGCCCACACAACCUGCCGACCAAUCGACGGACUCAUCAGCGACAUCCCAAAUACCUGAGACAACAAACGAACACACCAUACCCUCCGCCCAGACAGUCCUAUUACUACACGGUGUGAGGCAACAAUACGAAGUGACUCAUGGCUACGCUAUUCCCGAUACCAAGCACGACCAUGAGCUAUUGGUGCGCACCAACACUAUUGGCCUGAACCCUAUCGACUGGAAGUCUCCGGACUAUGGCUUUGGUAUCCCCGAGCUCCCCUACAUCUCUGGCCGCGAGGCAUCAGGCACAGUCGUCCGCGCUCCACUUGGCCCCUCAAGAGUCAAGGUCAACGACAGGGUCAUCGUCAUUUCCACCGAUUACCGAGACCUUCGAAAAGCCACCUACCAGCAGUACGUCGUGGCAUCCGAUUUUAAUGUUGUGAGGAUUCCAAAGGAAAUCACCGUCAACCAGGGAGCCACACUGGGAGUCGCCUAUGUCGCUGCAUCACUAUCGUUGGGCGUGUGUCUCGGCGUUGAUUUUACCAGUGUUCAUGACGGACCUAAUAUCCUCAACCUUGUUCGGGAGGUUCCGGAGGAGUCACUCCCGCAGGAUAUCAGAGGAGAGUGCCUGAACGGCAUCCUUCCCGGCGAGGGAGCUAAGCCUGGAGAUUGGAUCGCCAUCUGGGGCGGUUCAUCAACCUCGGCCGUCAUCGCCGCCCAGCUCGCCCGUCUCGUCGGCCUCCGAGUAGCUCUAGUUGUCGACAACGCCAAGCAUGGCGUCCGAAUCUCCGAGAACCCCGUCCUCCGCCCAGAUCUCCUUGUCGAUAGCCACGACCCCGAGCGAGCUGUGGCCAUUCUCCGCGCCAACACCAAAGGGAAGCUGCGCUUCGGUAUCGACACCCGAGGAAAGGACACGGCAGAGAUCCUGCUGCGCGCACUGGGACCUGAGGAGCUCCACCGCAAGACUCCCCCGGUCAACUCGCCUCCGAGCACGCCACCCUCUGAGCCGACAGUUCCCGCUCAUAUCGUGGGCAUGAGCGGACUGCCUAAGCAGGCGUCCGCGGGUGUGAUAUUCCAUACUAUGCCCGUGAAGUUGUACCAUGAGGUUCCCGAAGUUGGAGAGGCUCUGUCGAGCUGGCUGGAGAGGCUGCUCGCUACCCGCGCCCUUGUACCCCCUAGAAUUAUUGACGUUGAGGAUGGGUUGCAUAACGUCAACAAGGGCUUGGAUAGGAUGAGAAAAGGAGAGAUUAGUGGAGGCAAGUUGUUGGUUGAUAUUAACGUAUAA